AUGACGGAGAUGUACUCGGGGCUCCACGUGGGCCAGCGCUUCUCGUCCCUCGAAGAAUUCAAGAUCGUGAUCCGGAGCAUCUCCGUCAGACAGCAUUGGGAAUUGCGCGUCAGUCGCAGCAACAAGAAGAGCGUCGUCAUUGGUUGUCGCUCGUCGCCCAAUUGCUUCUUUCGCGUGGUCUGUCGCUGCAAUAAAAAUGCGACGUAUAUCACCAGUCUCCAGGACAGCCAUAGUUGUCGCAGGAGCGCGGACUCGCCUGCAUCCACGCCGGCUCGCUCCGAGGCGUCGCAUGUACGCUUCUUGCUGAGUGAGAUUCCGAAGCUUUUUGAUAUGAAGACUCGUAUUCGAGGACAGGAUGUUGUGGAUGCUGUUAAACGAUAUCACGGUUAUGAUAUCUCAAUGCGACAAGCUCAGCGGGCCCUGACGAAGCUCCAGCCCCGACAUGCUGAGAAUGAUAGUGAAACUAUGAUGGACGUGGAUCAUAGUGCAGGCGACCAACCAUCGCCUGGACAUGCCCAGCCAGAUUCGCAGGCUGAUGGAGGACCAGCAUAUCCGGAGACUCGAUGGCUUCCCAACAGUUUACAGGGGCCACUUCUUGAGGAAGAGGAUAGUCCUGGGUCUGACACCCCGAGCCCCCGUGGGCCACUACCACCCGCAGCAUCAUCAUCGAAUACUCAGGCAGUGCGGCAGCCACCUCCGGCACAGCACCAGUCCCAAAUUGGAGCAUCCAACCAGUCUGCCCUAAACACUGCGCCGCAGUCAAUGAACGUCCCCCAAUCAAUGAAUGUCUCGCAGCCAGGAGUCGGCUUCCCGACUUCUGCUCCACUACCAGUUGCUGGCCCCGAGAAAGCUUCAAAUUACCCUCAACGAAAUGACCAUACUCCCGUGCCCCAAAUGGUUCUCACAAAUUUCAAGAUUGAGUUCACCUGCACAACGUGUGGAGCUCUCAACCAGAGCUUCGUUCCGAACCAGGGCAAUGUCACAGGCAGUGCUUAUAUGUCUCACCAUCCUGUUCCAAACCAAAGCCACGUUGCCAGAGAACAUGUUCAACCGGAAGCGAAUGCCCCCCGCAACGAUGUUGGCGAGCCCGGCGCGUACGAUGUGAAUCCACCUCAUUCGCGUACCAUACAUGAUGCUUGGGCUGCUGGUGGCUUGGGCGUACCGAUUGGGCCAACACAUACAUAG